AUGCCGAGUCUGUGCACAGAGCUGCGUCUGUGCGACUCAGUGCACCGAAAGAAAAUUGCUGACAGACAGAAUGAUUCCUGGGGAAAACAAUAUUCUUAUGCACUCUUCAAAGCUAUGAGCCAUAUGCUGUGCAUCGGUUAUGGGGCGCGGGCUCCAGUUAGCAUGUCGGACCUCUGGAUAACUAUGCUCAGUAUGAUUGUUGGCGCUACAUGCUAUGCUAUGUUUGUUGGCCACGCAACAGCCUUAAUCCAAUCUUUAGAUUCUUCACGUCGACAGUAUCAAGAAAAGUACAAACAAGUGGAGCAGUACAUGUCAUUUCACAAAUUGCCGUCUGACAUGCGGCAGAAGAUACAUGAUUAUUACGAGCACAGGUACCAAGGAAAGAUCUUUGAUGAGGACAAUAUUCUGAGUGAGCUCAAUGAUCCACUGAGGGAGGAGAUCGUGAAUUAUAAUUGUCGAAAACUGGUGGCCACAAUGCCACUAUUUGCUAAUGCGGACCCAAAUUUUGUCACUGCCAUGCUGAGCAAGCUGAAGUUUGAGGUUUUUCAGCCUGGAGAUUAUAUUAUCCGUGAAGGAGCUGUUGGGAAGAAAAUGUAUUUCAUUCAACAUGGCGUAGCAGGCGUCCUUACCAGAUCCAGUCGAGAAAUGAAACUGACUGAUGGCUCUUAUUUUGGAGAAAUAUGCCUUUUGACAAAGGGUCGUCGAACGGCCAGUGUACGAGCUGAGACUUAUUGUCGCCUGUACUCCCUAUCCGUGGAGAAUUUUAAUGAAGUUCUAGAAGAAUAUCCAAUGAUGAGAAGGGCCUUUGAAACCGUUGCCAUCGACAGACUAGACAGGAUAGGGAAGAAGAACUCCAUUCUCCAGCAACGGUUUCAAAAGGAGCUCAACACAGGAAUAUUCAACAACCAGGAGAGCGAGAUACUGAAUCAGAUUGUGAAACAGGACAGGGAAAUGAUAGAGGGGGCUCCCUCAGUUAGCUACCAGCAACUUCCAGCUCUGAAUUCUAGUACCAGCUCAUCACUGAGAAUGAGGACCCAAUCCCCCCCUGUUUAUACUGCUAACAGUCUGUCUCAUGGAAAUCUACAAUCUCCCACACCAAGUCCACAGACACCCCAACAAGCGGCUAUGUUUUCACCAUCUUUCUCAACAGCUGCUUGCAGUCCUUCAGUACAAAGUCCACUGACAGGUCGAACAUUUCAGUACAGUACCCCCACGGCUUCACAACUUUCAUUAUUACAGCAGCAACAGCAACAGCAGCAGCAGAAAUCUAUGUCUGGUUCAUCUUCUGUCAAUGAAGCUAACAAGAGCAGUCAAGCUCUACCAAACUCUAACCUGAGUAGAGAAGUGAGGCCUCUCUCUGCUUCGCAGCCUUCUUUGCCCCAUGAGAUCUCCCCUCUAGUGACUAAGCCACACCCAACCGUAGGGGAGUCAUUGGCCACCCUACCACAACCAGUAUCAAAUGUGCAGCCUUCAGGUGCUCAGUCUGGAAGCCGAAGCAAUGUCCCUCCCCGGGUGGCCCUGUUUCGACAGAUGUCUUCAGGAGCUUUACCUCCUGCAAGGGUUGGGGCACCAACUCAACCAUCCACCCCAGCCCCAGCUCCCAGCAAGGAUUCCACCACAGGAGCAAGUGCAGACACAGACACAGACAAACCACGUUAUGCUUCAAAUUUAUGAUGCCUCUUACCUGUACAUAAAGACAACACUGAAUUAAACUGAAAACAUCCCAAAAAACAGUUUUAAUCGAUAGAAUCCUAAUAUCUAUUAUGAAGAAAACAUUUA